AUGACGAAAGAAGAGCAAGAGUGGCGCAAAGGACGAGAGUCUGAUGAUCGUCGAAGAAAUGACGACGAAGAAGAAAAGGAAGAAAUUGGAGAGCCAAGUCGCGGUCCGGCCAAGAAGCCACCUCCUGCUCUUGCUCCAACCUCUAUGGACAGUAAUACAGAUAGUAAUGCUCCUGGCAAUGUGGAUGCACUGAUAGCCCGUGCAAGAAGAAGUGCGCAGCGGACGAGAGAAUCCAGAAUGUCGCACCAGCCAGCCAGACGAGACACUACUAGUACUAGUACUCCCAAGAAUGAAGUGGAUGUGGAUGACUUUGAUGUGCUCAAGCUUGUAGAAAAGCGAGCGAGAGAUGACAACCACAGUAAUACGCACCGCGGUCCUCCCCGACACACCGUCUCUCACAGUGCUGCGACUCGAAGAACUACGAGUAGCAGAACGGCUGCAGCGGCAUCAUCUCCACCGGCUCUGAGGGCACGGCAAACAGCACCUGCGGGCAAACUGCCACGCACACCCGAAGAAGCGGCUGUCACUCCAGGAGCCUACAGCAAGGCUCCGGGAAAAGAUCUCCGACGAAACAGAGCCGCCAGAUAUUCCGUGCUCAAGAGAAGUCAUCAGCCAUCAAACAAAUCAACACAACAACUACUACAAGAAGAAGAAGAACAAGAAGAAGACCACAGAAAACUACCUGCUUCUGCUGCUGCACUACCAGAUGUGGAUACAACGGCACACAAUGAACGAGAAGCACAGAUAGAACGCAAGGAAAUACUGCAGCAAAUGCACAUUAUUUCAUCCUCUCAAAUCGAUCAUCGGCACUACAGUCAAAGUGGAGCCUUUCUAGACGAACACGACGCAAAUGACGUUAGUCAAGAAAGCAGCAACCAUACUGAUCAUAGUAGCGACCUAGACCAAUCCAAAGAACGAUUCUCCUCGAGAAGUUUUCAAGAGCAGCAAACCAACCGGAACAGCAUGUUGCAUGAUGACUCUCUGCAAAGCCAACACGACAAUGCGAUGAUGGCCAUGAGAACACUGCCGGACCCUGACGACGAACAAGAAGAAGCACCCAUGGUUCAACGUCAACAACAACAAACAGAGCGGGAAGAAGCCGAACAUCGAAAGAGAAUAUUGGCAGAUACCCAUAUCAUUUCCAGUUCGACAUUGCCUCCUCCUGCUCCGAAUGGCCACAAGGCACCGCACACACGCACGGAUACAACAACAAACACCAGCAAAAACUACGAGGACCAACAUUUCAAGGGAAACUGGAUGCACAGUUCCACCACCAGCAAUGGUGACGCCAAGAGGGCACUUGCCAAUUCCGUUACUACGAGUCAUGCCACAAACGGUUCGAUGAUGAUGAUGAGGAUUGGAGCUGGAGGAGGAAACUAUAGUCCGGAUGCGGAGCAAUCGCCCUUGCGGGGGCCUGUCAUGAUGAUGAUGGAAGAUGGAGACGACUAUUAUUACAAUGACCACCUAGAAGAAGAUCCAAAUUAUAGUGAUUACGACGAAAAUUGGGACGAAGAUGUACUACCCCAACAACCACCCCCUACAUUCAAUGAUGAUGAUGACGAUAAUGGUUUACGAGGAGCUCGAGAAAGUAUCAUGGUCGAGGCCACGUUAGUACAGGAACGAUCGCAACGAACAUUGAAUUCAACCAUCUUUCAUCAGGAUACAAACGUCUACACCGAAGCCAAAGCCAUGGACAGCAACGACAUUAUGUGGGCAUUCUUGACCAGUCCCAAAGGAGUACUAACGGUCUGUCUCGCGUGUCUGCUCAUUAUUGGUGCCAUUGUCGGAAUGAUUGUUGGAUUGGAACGUACGGAACCCGCUCCGAUGCCCACACUGGCGCCGUCUUUGUCACCUUCCUUCCAUCCGACCUUGUCGCCCACCCAAACCUUUACAAUCGACAUGCUACCGGUAUUUAGCCAACGGGCGAUUGAACGCAACCCAGAAUCGCCACAAGCAUUUGCCUGGGAAUGGUUGCAAGCCGACAAUGACAUGAAUGAUUACCCCUUGUCACGACAAUUGCAGCGGUAUGCCUUGGCUGCAUUUUACUUUAGCACUUCGGGGCCACGGUGGAGAGACAAUUCUCAUUGGCUCAACGUUUCGGUCUCCGAAUGUCACUGGAAAUCCGACGGGAACGCAAUAGGGACAGGAUUCUGCGUCAACGAAACCACUCGGUUUGCCAUGGUCACGUCCCUGAUGUUGUCGGCCAAUGGUUUGAGCGGGACCAUACCUCCAGAGAUUUCACUGUUGACAGAACUCCGAGUAAUCAGUCUAGGAAACAAUGCCGUAGACGGCAGCAUCCCAUCGGAGCUGGGACUACUCACCAACUUGAGGGCCCUUGUGAUUGAAAAGUCUGAUAUCGGUGGGGCAAUUCCAUUGUCCUUUCGGCGACUGUCCAGGUUGGAAAGCCUGGUAUUGUCCGACAAUGACAUGCGGGGUCAUCUGAGAGAGCGUAUCUUUGCCAACACGACUUCGUUGAAACGAUUAGAGUUGCAGAACAAUGAAUUCCUGGGCUUGCUCCCGACGUCGUUGCAGCAUAUGUCCUUGCUCACGGACGUUGAUAUAAGCAACUGUCGCUUUUCCGGUUCAAUUCCGACUGAAAUAGCACUCCUAUCUUCGUUGGUGGUCUUCAGAGCAACCGGCAACUUUCUCCGUGGCAGCGUCCCACCAUUGGCCAACCUCACAAAUUUGCUCGAAUUGGAUUUGACGAACAAUCAGCUUACAGGUCCCCUUGGUGAUUUGCCUUCCUCCCUAAGUCGACUGCAUUUGGGAUACAAUCUGGUCACUGAAGCUAGCUUUGAGAAAAUUGUCGGCCUGGCUAGUCUCUCGUCGUUGGACUUGGAGGGAUGUCAGUUAAGGGGGACUCUCCCGACAGAGACGGGAGUUUUGACUACGCUGAAACACUGUGCCUUGUCAAAUAACCGGUUGUCAGGUACAAUUCCGAGUGAAGUAGCUUUGAUGACGCGCCUUGACUACCUUGGUUUAGGGAACAAUUUGCUCACAGGCAAAAUGCCGAGCGAACUCGGGACUUUGCAUUAUCUCGAGGUACUACAUUUGCAAAACAAUCAGCUUUCGUCAAGCAUUCCAUAUCAAAUUGGACACGCUUGGAACUUGGUCAAUCUCAACUUUCAAAACAACUUGCUGAGCGGUCCUAUUCCGAGUCAACUGGGCAAUCUGAGAUUGGAGUACCUUGAAAUGUCCAGGAACCAAUUAUCAGGACAUCUUCCGUCAGAGCUAGGAUGGUGUCAAACACUCGUGCUUUUGAGCGCUGCUCACAACAAAUAUCUAAAUGGAACAUUGCCUUCGGAGCUUGGCCGACUCAGCUUUCUGGAAAUCUUAUCGCUUGCAAAGACCUCAAUAUAUGGUUCGAUCCCGACAUCGUUUGGGAAGAUGACCACUUUGCUCUCUUUGAAUCUGUCCAAUUGCCAGCUUGGGUCGUCGCUUCCCAGUGAGUUGGGGCGACUCUCUUACCUCCGGAUGUUGGAGCUAUCUCACAACAAAUUCAGUGGAACUGUUCCUUCCGCAUACGGUGGGUUGAGACGGCUUGAGUACCUUGGAAUGAACCGAAACAAUUUCACAGCCAGAAGAAUUCCGAGCGGCCUAGGUGUCCUCCGUGAUUUGACGUACCUUGGUGGCUCAGGCUGUGGAUUUAUCGGGUCAUUGCCGUCCGAGUUGUAUGGCCUGCCCAAGCUGACGGCGUUGGACGUUAGUCAAAACAACAUCACUGGGCCACUUCGACCAAACGGAAGAUGGAAGAGUUUGAUCAGUCUGAAGCUAUUUCAGAAUGAGAUGACGGGUACUCUGGCAACCGAGCUUGGUAUGCUCACUGUUUUAGAACUUCUUGCGUUGGAUUUUAACGAGUUCGUUGGGAGAGUGCCCUCUGAGAUUGGAGCCCUGACUUUGCUCACAUCUCUUCAUCUUGAUUCGAACGAUUUGUCGGGAUCUCUCCCGUCAGAGCUCGGGCUAUUGACCGGUGUUAUCGAGUUUGAGCUUGCCAACAAUCAAAACCUAAGUGGUAGUAUUCCGUCGGAACUGUUUGGGCUCUCAAAUAUGAACGAAUUCGAUUUGUACAAAACGCGACUCACUGGACAGGAGGGCUUCCCGGCUGGACGAACAAUCCCCAGCGAAUUAGCUUUGAUGAUGUGCAUUGACUACCUGAACAAUUUGCUUACAGGCAAAAUUGCUAGCACAUGUGUUCCCUCCUCUGCAAGGCAAUCAGCUUCCGUCGAACAUCCCUACGCGACUUGGCCAAAGCUUGGAAACAAUUUGCUAAGCGGUCAGAUUCCGAGUCAACUGGGCAACAAAACUGUGGAAUCAUUACCGGUAGGCACUCGUUACUAA